AUACCUGUAUGCAUUCCCUUCACGAAAACCUGGUGAGGAAUCUACCAAUUGCUUUUCGUCUCCUGUCCAUCCCUUGUGCGCUACCGCUCCUCUCCCUUGGCAACGACGACUGGCGCCGCCGCUGCCAGACUUCGCUGGGCAUCUCGCCGGCGACGAGCUCCCACCAGGAUUAGAGAAGGUGAUGGCGAGGAGUGACAGCUGCCUGGCGCGCGUGGGUGCCGGAGUUGCGAUCGGUGGCGCGGUCGGCGGAGCCGUCGGUGCUUGUUAUGGAACUUUUGAGGCAUUCAGAUACAAGAUCCCUGGAUUGCUAAAGAUCAGACAUAUCGGGCAAACUACUGUUGGCAGCGCUGCAAUUUUUGGGCUUUUCUUGGGGGCUGGGAGCUUGAUUCACUGCGGAAAAUCCUACUAGUUUGUUUCCCUCCUUUUUCUGAACACGACUUUGUCGAUGUGCUUCAGAGGAGGAUUCUAGAUUUUGAGCGCUACCCUGAGUGGCUUCAGUGAAAACUAUUCAACGCCUGUACAAUUUAACAGCUAAUACCUCAGGGUUGGAAAGAGCAAUCAAGUUAUGUCCUGGUUUGGUGUGGAUGGAAAUACUCCCUCCAUUUCAAAUUAAAAUAAAAUUCGUUUUAA